AAUGCUAAAAGACUCGGUGAUGGUGGAAUAUAAAGUCAAUUACUUAAUUACUUGAUGAUUUAGUUUAACCCUCUCUGUUAAUGCAAAGUGCCUCUUAUCACUUGAUGUUAAUGGCUUCCUCUUCUUCUUCUUCCAUUUCUCCUAAACUAGAAUAUGAGGUUUUCCUUAGUUUCCGUGGUGUGGACACUCGAAAAAACAUUACCAGCCAUCUUUAUGAAGCCUUUCGUCAGAAAAAUAUUAAAACUUUCAUUGAUGAUAACCUUGUCAGAGGAGAAGAAAUUUCUCCAUCUCUUUUGAAGGCAAUUGAACAUUCAAAGAUCUCGGUUAUCAUUUUCUCUAAAGGCUACGCUUCCUCCAGAUGGUGUCUCAAAGAACUUGAAGAGAUUGUUAAAUGUAAGAACACGUAUGAUCAGAUCGUAAUACCAGUCUUCUAUGACGUAGAUCCAUCUGAUGUCAGGAAUCAAACUGGGGAUUUCGGAAAAGCAUUUGCUGAGCUUGAAAAUCGUUUUAUUGGUCAUUCAGAGAUGUUGGAGGGAUGGAGGACUGCUUUGAGGGAUGCAGCCAACCUUUCUGGUUCUCAUUCAAAGAACUCUAGGGAUGAGGCAACGCUGGUAAAAGAACUUGUCAAUGAUGUAUUGAAGAAAUUACAUUAUAACUCCUCAGUUAUUUCUUCCAAAUACUUAGUUGGACUAGAGUCAUCAAUCGAACAGAUUGAAAACUUAUUAUGUUCAAACGGUGUUUGCAAGCUAGGAAUUUGGGGCAUCGGGGGCAUUGGAAAAACUACUCUUGCUGAUGCUAUAUUUAAAAAAAUCUCUACACAAUUUGAAGAAUCUUACUUCAUUUCAAAUAUUAGAGAAGAAUCAGAAAAAAGUGGGGGAUUAAAUGACUUAUGCCAAAAACUGAGUUCUGCAGUUUUAGGGGAUGAACAUCCUAAUCAUAGAUUCACCUUCACAAGAAGAAGUCUUAUUAGCAGAAAAAAAGUUCUUAUUGUAUUUGAUGAUGUAACGAAUUUAAAUCAAAUGCAAUGUUUAAUGGCAAUUUUUGGUGAGUUGGAUUCAUAUAGUCGAAUCAUUAUAACAUCAAGGGAUAAACAUACGCUAAGAAAUUGUGAAGUGGAUCACAUUCAUAAGAUGACAAAUUUAUCUCCUGAUGAUGCUUUUCAACUUUUUGCCCUACAUGCCUUUAGAGGAAACCCUCCAACAGAAGAUUAUAUCAAGCUAUCAUUUGAAGUAGUAGAUUAUGCUGAAGGUCUUCCACUAGCUCUUGAAGUUUUAGGUUCUUUUCUAUUCACUAGGACGAAGAGAGAAUGGGAAAGUGCAUUAGAAAACUUGAAAACAAGUCCUCCUGUGGAUGUCCAAAAAGUGUUAAAAAUAAGUUACGAAGGAUUAGAUGAUAAACAGAAGUGUGUAUUUUUGGAUAUUGCAUGUUUUUUUAAAGGGUGUAAAAGAGAUUUUGUAGAAGCAAUCUUGAAUGAUCGUAACUUAGAUGCUUAUAUUUGUAUAAAUGUUCUCAUUGAAAAGUGUCUCUUAACUAUAUCAUUUGACACCAUAACAAUUCAUGAUUUACUUGAAGAAAUGGGUAGAGAAAUUGUUCGGCAAGAAUCAAUUGAUAAUCCUGGCGAACGUAGUCGGUUGUGCGAUCAUAAUGAUAUACUUUCAGUAUUGAAGAAUAAUACGGUAAGAGUCAAAACACUAAUUUUUUAUUUCUAUUUUAUACAUAAAUUAUAAUAAAAUAUUUGCUAG